AUGUCACCCCAGCCGGACGCCCAAGGAAAUACCUCACCCCCCGCAUCGGUGAGGUCGAACGCCAGCCAUGGAGUUCCCACGCCCGACACCGAGCACGAAGCCGUGACGCCCAAGACGCUCUCCCAGACGGGCCGUUCACGCACGGCUCCCAUUGUCCACGAUAACAACCUCUGGAAGUCGUCAAUUGACCGUCCCCAGCUGGAUGAGCGCGAUAGCAUAUUCGCAACCACGUACCUUCACUCCGACAGCCCCAUCUCCUCCCCACGGAGCAGCGCACGCAAUGUAGAUCCCGUCAACGAUGCUCCCGAACACAGUCUGUCAGAGAUGGCAGCGCCAGCACCUCCCCAGAGGCGAUUGAUGGACCCGCCCAUCAUACGUAGAAAACAUUCUACCCUCCCACCGACAUCUUCAAUCGACCACCACGCCGUCCUAACUACCCCUUUCAACCCUCGCACAGCCAUUGCAGCUGGUAUGGUGUUCGACGCCAUCCAUCACAGUCCUCCGCCCUACAUGAGCCCUGUCGACUCGCCAGUACAGCACCCCACCACCCCACCACGUCCCGAGCUCCACUACGAGGCUCUACUUGAGAGCGAAGAGAGGCGCAGGAAUAGAGAAUGGCGCGAAGGAAAGCCUGUACCGUUCAAGGGCAAUACGGCCACAGACCAGCCCGUCAUGGAUGUGGAAAUGGAGAAGAAGAUAGAAGCGACACUUGCCAAGACCGAGCAACCUACAUCAGCCCGCAGUCGAAAGGCAAGCCACUAUCUGCGUGUGUUCAAGGAUGGCGAUCCUACAGAAGAACCAAGGAAGAAGGACAACAAGGCGAAAGAGCGCCCGUCCGCCGAGAGAACCUUGUCAACGCUUUCAGAAGAAGCCACAAACGAGUCGGUCGCUCUGAUUAACCAAUUGCGUCGCGCAUCACUGGCUUCUUCUGUCGUACAGUCGCCUCUGGGCGGUCCAACUGAGUCAUACUUUGAUACGAACGUGGCAGCUCGCACAGAGCCAGGCGUCAUCUCAACUCCUCCCGAUGGAAGCACGCGACUCGUUGCGAGCUCUCCAGACAAGCGACAGUUCCCGCGACGUCUUCUCGAGGAUAUCCGUGGCUUUGGGAACCUGAUCCCCGGCGCGGACCCAAGGUCGUUGCUCUCACGUAGUCUUCCCACAUCGGCUGUCGAUAAAGUCCACGUGCAUGCACCAACGAAUGGAGCGGCACACUAUCACAAGCCGUCCGACUACUUCCAGAUCAAAGAUGGAGGCAGCACAGAACGUACGCCAGGCUCAGAGGAAGACGACGAGUCGGAAAAGGAGCAAAUCUCGUCAGCUCUGUACUUCCCCCAUCGACGUCUCAAGACAAGUGAGCAAGUCUCUACAGAAACACAGAACCGAGAUAGAGAGGUGGAUGUUGUCGAGAAGAGGACUUCAACUCACGAGGUUGCGGGGCCAAAAGGUUGGGCCACAGAGAAGGAUGUUCAGACCCCCCAAGAAGUAGAAAUUUCUCUACAAGCUCAAGAUACCAAUCAAUGCCUUCAUGGUGAUAUCUCCACGGCGACUUCCGUAAAGAAAGAUAAAGAACAGCCGCUGACGUCCGCUACCGAUGCGUUUUCAGCUGAAUCUGAGUCUGAGUCGCUCGCCGAGUCUACACAAUCACUUCUUGGUUAUGAAUCCAGUGCGACUGAUGACUUAGGAACAACGCCCACUGCGACUACGCACAAACAGGAAGCUAAAGCCGUUGCGCCUCACGUAGCUCAGCCGCCAGCCCCACUGGGAGCUGUAGAGCUGAAGCCAUAUGAUCACCAAGUGGGCGGUCAUUCUACUGUCUACCGUUUCUCCAGGCGAGCAGUUUGCAAGCAACUAAACAAUCGAGAAAACGAGUUUUACGAAACGGUAGAACGUCAGCAUCCAGAGCUGUUGGAAUUUCUGCCAAGGUACAUUGGCGUCUUGAAUGUGACAUAUCGUAAAGCACCCAGAAAGAAAAAAGCAGCCAAGGACAAGGCCAAAUCCGAUGCUGCGCCCACUGCUUCUGCAACACAAUCAGAAAACGUCUCCAGGCAGGCCUCUAAAGCUCCUGAAGAUCGGAGCAAUGCGGAACAACCCCGAGUGGUUAGCCACUCGCAACAAGUCGGCACGACCAUUCCUCAAGUGAUUUUUGAGAACAAUCGGCACAUCAUCCCAGACAAUUUGUUCCGGGUACCACCACGUUCUACCACUCCAGAUCCUUGGAUGAGGAAUGCAUCGUUCUUAUCCCAGCAACACCGGCGAAACCAAAGCGACUAUGGGUGUACUUCUACAAGCCCAGCACGACCCCCAUUGCAACAUACUAGCAGUUGGGGUGUCACGACCAUCAACAGAAAAUUACAAGAGGAGGUACUUCGCCAGGUCUUCGCACCGCCGACCAUCCAUCAUCGGCCGCGCCACCACCACCACGGCAUCUCCCCUCGUAAGCCAGGAGGAGAUGCGCCGCAAAACGUGGCUGGCUCUGCGCCUACUAUCAGGAGAAAUAGCACGGAUGUGUCUGGGUUGCACCCACCACUCACGGAAGAGUGUACACGGAAACAAGUCCUGAAAGCUGAAGCGCACCGUUAUGCCUCCGAGAGAAACGCUGACUCUGUCACGUCUAGUUCGCUUGGACGACCAGACACUAACGCCGAGACACUGAAGCCGGCGCCAAAUAAUCUUCCCCGCCGUCGUCAUUCUGGCAGCGGACUUACCAGGAGGCCUUUGGGGAUAGAUACUGUCCAGAGACAUAACCUAGAAUACUAUGAAGAAGACGGUUAUGGUGGUGAUGCAGAAGAGGAAGUGUUUACCAUGGAUGAGGAUCGCAACGCCCUAUCCGAAGGCAAAGAUCAGAAUAGGGGUCGAUCUGUACAAGGCCCUGACGCACCCAAUGGUUCCAAUCCCCCCGAACCAUCCGAGGGCACCAUGCUACCAGCUCCUGCUGCGCCUAAUAGUCUGAGUGCUCCGCAAAAGGAGGAACCCUCCAACCCUGAUCAAGCACAGCAACAGCCUGAUGAACGCGUCCAACACUUCAUCCUUCUCGAAGACCUUACUGCAGGAAUGACCAGGCCAUGUGUAUUGGAUCUGAAGAUGGGUACGCGCCAGUAUGGUGUUGAAGCCGAUGAGAAGAAACAGCGUUCCCAGCGACGCAAGUGUCAGAUGACCACCAGUGCUCAGCUCGGCGUACGGGUUUGUGGCAUGCAGAUUUGGAAUGCCAAGACUCAAAGCUACAUCUUUGAGGACAAGUAUUUUGGUCGAGACCUAAAAGCUGGAAAAGAAUUCCAGGACGCACUAAAGCGCUUCUUCUGGGACGGAACGAGCUACAAAGCGGCAACAAGGCAUAUACCUGUCAUACUGGAUAAGAUCAGUCAGCUUGAGCGCAUGAUACGGAAACUGCCAGGAUACAGAUUCUACGCAAGCAGCUUGUUGAUGCUCUAUGACCGUGGGGACGGUGAGUCGAAGGAGAAAGAUGCGUCACCUUCUCUGCCCAAUGGCUUGUCGAACCCGAGCAACGAAGACGUCUCGGUAAUACCCUCUGGACCUACCUCACCCGGGCCGGUAGCCACCUCCAAACCGGCACCUAAGAAGCAUGGAGAGAUCAAACUCAAGAUUGUCGACUUCGCCAACUGUGUAACCGCGGAAGAUCCUCUACCUGACGACUUACCUUGUCCACCCCAGAAUCCCGAUGGCAUCGAUAGAGGCUAUCUCCGUGGUCUACGGUCGCUGCGCCUUUACUUCCAGCGCAUCUGGAAUGACAUCAACGAAGAAUGGGUCGAGCGAGGCGAAGGUGAAGGAAUGGCGCGAAAUCACCAUCAUGGCCCGGGAUUGGGCGAGGUGGGUGCUGGUUGGAUGGACGAUGCUGGCGGCGAGGAUACAGGCUAUGUCAGCUUUUAA